AUGAAAAACAACACUUUAAUUAAUUACAAUUUACCGGUUUAUAUUUUUUCCGAGAACAAAAAUAACACUAUUGAUAUUGAUCGUAAGACUUUGACUUACGAGAAUGUUAUGGUCACAAUUACUAAACCUGAUGGUGAAUCUUUUAAAACCACGGUUGUUUUCCAGGCCGGCUUCCCUACGUUUAGCUCUUUCUUAAAGGAACUGCAGCAUCAGACCAACCGUGUAAACCUCUCUACAUCCAUCCUUGUAGCAUUACCGCAUUUUAUUGAAGCAAGGGAUGUAUUAACACGUAAAACUAGACGUACUAGUACACCUCCUCAUUUACUUCCCCAGUUAUUUGACCAGAUUGAAGACAAAAACCUACGUAUACACAAUGAUCAGGAAGUACUACGUGUUUUGCAAGGGUUGCCUUCUAACGCAUAUGACGCUAUUUUUCAUCAAUCUGGUAUUUAUAUGUUUACUAAUUUAAUCAAUAAAAAAAGGUAUAUUGGUAAAGCUAGCGACCUUAGAGAGAGACUUAAGUUCUAUUCUAACAAUAAAGCCUUACAGGAGGCUACGGAUAAAUCUAGAAUAGCUAGGGCUAUUCUGGAAUUCGGAAUGGACAAGUUCUCUUUUUCUAUUAUAGAACACUGCGAACCUGAACUGCUACUUAAAAGAGAACGAUUCUACAUUAAAGUAUUUAAGCCUCAAUAUAACAUUCGAAAAGCCCAUACUGCUGAGACUACUUACCCGCUUUCCCUUUAG